AUGCCGAAAAGACCAACCACCGAGGCAAUUCAUCUUUUAAGGAGAUUCAUGGAAAAGUAUAGGGAGCGAAAGAAGGAUUUGUAUCUGGUGUUCAUUGACCUGGAGAAAGCGUACGAUAACAUACCACGAAGCAUCGUUUGGGAUACCCUCAAGAAUAGAGGAGACCAUACGAAGGAGGAGGCUAAUAGUAAAUUGGAAGCGUGGAGGGAAGCAUUGGAGGGUAAGGGGUUGCGCAUAAGCCAUACGAAGACAGAAUACUUGCGAUGCAAUUUCAGUGGGACAAAUUUGAUAGGGGAGCCAAAGUGGCGAGUUGCAACCGGGGUACUUUGUGAUAAAAAGUUCCCGAGGAGAUUAAAAGGUAAAUUUUACCGCGUUGCAAUUAGGUCGGCGUUGUUGUAUGGGACAAAAUGUUUUCCCGUAAAGAAGGUUUUCGAACAGAGGAUGAAAGUGACUGAAAUGCGUAUGCUGAGGUGGAUGUAUGGUAAUACUAUUAUGGAUAGGAUAAGAAAUCAGGAGUUCAGGAAGAAGUUAGGGGUUGCACCUCUCUCCGCAAAGAUGUGA